UUUUUUUUUGGCUGGGUACCCAAAAGGAAUAUUUUAUUUUCUUUAACAAUACAAAAAAAAAAGAUGUUGAAGAAAUUAGUAUUGUUACUUACUGUUGGUAUUUCCACCCUGGUGACAGCCGCCACACCUGGUACAUAUUUCUAUGGCCUCAACUAUGGAAUUAAUCCAAACGCUUGUCCAAGCUAUGAGCAGAUCAAAGGGGAUUUUGAAAAGAUACAACUGUACACAAACCGAGUACGUACAUUCUCAAUGUCUGUUUGUAACCAAGGAGCGCUAGCUUUACAAGCUGCUAAUGAAUUGGGCAUGAAUAUUUAUUUGGGAAUGUGGAUUGAUACACCAGCUACUUUUGAAUCUGAAAUGGCCGCCUUGACAAAUGUGAUGCAAAGUGGAGCUUCUUUUGAUAAGGUGGAUGCUAUUAUUGUUGGAUCUGAGGUUCUCUAUCGUAAAGAUACUGAUGAGAAUACAUUGGCCGACUACAUCAAGAAAGUGGGACAAUUAGUUCGACCCAAGGGUAUUCAAGUAACUACAGCGGAUGUCUACUACGAGUUCCCACCUGUUGUUGUAGCUGAAUUGGAUUUCUUGAUGAUGAACGCAUUCCCUUACUGGGAAGGAGUCACUGUCGAGAAUGGUGCCACUACUUUAAUUGAACACUUUAACUCUGCAGUUCUAGGUAAAUCUUUAGGAAAGCCCGUACGUAUAUCCGAAACAGGAUGGCCUUCUAGUGGACCUAACUUUGGUGCUUCCAUUGCGUCUCCCGAAAAUGAAAAGUUAUACUUGUCCAAUGCUUUAUGUCUUACCCGUAAGAAUAACAUUGACAUGAUCUAUUUCUCUGCUUUUGAUGAGCCUUACAAAGCUGGUGUUGAAGCACAUUGGGGUAUUAUGAAUCCUGAUGGCACUUUAAAAACCGAUCUGUCUACUUCAUUAUUCGCAAAUCCAACUUGUUAAAAAGGAUAAAAAAUAAAAAUACACCCUCUUUUUUCAAAAAAAUAUAU